AUGUUAAAAGAAUGGGGAAUUUUGAAACAAAAUAUGCACUGUGUGGUGAGAGACGGGGGAUCAAAAAUAAAGCGCACCUAUUAUUUAUCUGAAAUACAUAAUAUCGACUGGCACAUGGUUAAAGAAGAUAAUAAAAGAGAUGAUACAAUCUCAGAGUUACUUAAAAAAUGUAAGAAAAUUGCAGGACAUUACAACCAUUCCAUAACGGCAAAGCAAGAGUUAGAAAAAUUCAAAUUCGACUCAACAAAAAGUUUUAAAAGUUUUGCAAGGCUCACCGACACGCUGGAAUUCCAGCUACUAGGUAUAUGUUGGAAAAACUUGAUUGCUUCAAGCAUUCAUUAUCGCUUUGCUAUUUCUUCUAAUAAUAAAAUAGCACAACUUGAUGCCGAUGCUUGGAUUAUAAUUCAAGAAUCUUAA